AUGUCGACGCCGGCAGCCCGUGCUCUCCGCGUCGCCCUCCGCGGCGAGAGCAUCCUCACAAGUCCGCGCUUCAACAAGGGCACCGCGUUCACCACCCGUGAGCGCACGGCGUUUGGCCUGACAGGCCGCGAGCCCUGGCGCAUCAACACGCUCGAGGAACAGUGUCAACGCGCAUACGACCAGCUCAGCACUAGAGACACCCCCAUCCGCAAGAACACGUUCCUCCAGAGUCUCAAGGACCAGAACUGGGUUCUGUACUACGGACUCAUUGGCAGGCACCUGAAGGAGCUUAUUCCGAUCAUAUACACCCCGACGCAGGCCGAUGCAAUCGCAAACUACUCGCACCUUUUCCGGAGAAGUGAGGGCAUGUUUCUGACGUUCCCUAACCAAGACACCAUGGAGGAAGACUUCCUCGAGCAGACGAAGGGGCGCGACUUACAACUCUUCGUUUGUUCGGAUGCGGAAGCUAUCCUGGGUAUUGGUGAUCAGGGUGUUGGAAUUACCACCGCGAAGUCGGCGAUCUACACGCUUCUAGCUGGAAUCGACCCUGCAAAGGCACUCAGCGUCACACUUGAUGUCGGCACAGACAACGAGGGGUUGCUGAAAGACGAUCUCUACGUUGGCUGGCCUAACAACCGCGUGCGCGGAAAAGCAUACGACGACUUUAUUGACAAGUUCGUGCAGCUCAUCCGCAAAUACCAUCCACACAGUCUCCUCCACUUUGAAGACUUUGGUGUGAACAACGCGAAGCGUCUCCUGGACUUGUACCGCGACAAGCAUUCCGUAUUCAACGAUGACAUUCAGGGUACUGGCGCUGUCACGCUCGCCGCCCUGAUGGCCGCCAUCGGCGUGACCAAGUCCAAGCUCUCUGAGCAGCGCAUCCUCGUCUACGGUGCCGGCACCGCGGGGCUCGGGAUCACCCGCCAGCUGCGCGACGCGAUGGUGCAACUCGACGGGCUCUCCGAGGCUGACGCGAACAAACAGUUCUUCCUCCUCGACCGGUACGGCCUCGUCAAAGAGUCGCUCGGGCCCAAGGUCCGCGGUGACCUCCGCGAGUACGUGCGCCCCGACGCGGAGUGGGAGGGCGUGCCCACGAACGACAAGGGCGAGGUCGAGCUCCUCAACGUCGUCCGGCACGUGAAGCCGACGGUCAUCGUCGGGUGCUCGACGCGCGGAGGGGCGUUCACGGAGGACGUCAUCAGGGAGAUGGCGAAGGGCACGGACCGCCCGAUCAUCUUCCCGCUGUCGAACCCGAGUCGUCUGGCGGAGGUCGACCCGACGGACGCGAAUGUGUGGACGGACGGUAAGGCAUUGAUGGCGAGUGGCAGCCCGUUCCCGCCCUGCCACAACCCGCGGGGCGGCAAGGACUACAUCGUCGCAGAGUGUAACAAUGCCCUCAUCUACCCCGGCCUCGGAUACGGCGCGAUGAUCACCCAGGCCCGCUCGCUCAGCGACUCCAUGAUCAUCGCCGGCGCAAGGCGGCUCGCCUCGCUCUCGCCCGCCCUCUCCGACCCUGACAACGCGCUCCUGCCGGACUUCACGGACGCGCGCGAGGUGAACACCCAGGUUGCGGUCGCAGUCGCGGAGCAGGCAAUCGAGGAGGGCCUCGCGGACGUCCCGUGGAAGAAGAACGAGGUGCACGAGCGGAUCGUCUCGGGCAUGUGGCAACCGGUAUAUGCGGACUUCGAGUACGACCUGAAUGGGCUGAAAGCAUGA